AUGGCUGAAUCGAUGCAACGUAUAGCGUCGGCCUUUGAGUCUGCCAGAGACCUCACUUUGGAAGCUGCAGCAGUGGCUUCUUCAAGGCUAGGGGAAUCUUCAUAUUUCCACUACUCAAAGUCAAUUGACUCCGAAUCACUUCCGGGGUUACUCAACUCGAGAUACACCCGCGAAGUGCGCGAUGGUAUGAAGCGCGUAAUGUCCCUCAUGGGGAGUGGUGACUCGUCAAUUGAACUGGAGACCCAUUUUGCGGAUAUUGUCAAGAACAUAGGGUCGGACGAUGUAAAAGUCAGACGUAUGGUCUCCGUCUAUCUGUUGAGAUAUGCAGAGACAAAUCCAAACCUAGCACUGUUAUCGAUUAAUUCUAUCCAACGCAGCUUAUCAGACUCGAACCCUGAUGUCCGUGCGCUGGCCUUGAAAACGCUCUCCGAUAUCAAUAUUGCGUCCCUGUACCCCAUCAUCUUGCACUCUCUGAAAAAGACAGUGAUAGAUUCCAGCGAAGUGGUUCGGUGUCAGGUGGCAAUGACGCUUUUGAAGCUAUUCAAGGAACAGGGGAUAUCGAUUAAGGAUGAUGUCAUGCCGAUGCUGAAAAGUUUGCUAGCUGAUUCGGAGCCAAGUGUUGUCUCAGCGGCCCUCUUACUUUUCCAGAAGGCAUUCGCACAAGAACUUCAACUUCUACAUGGACAUUACCGCAGGUAUUGUUCUAUCUUAAACCAGCUUACUGAAAACGCACAGGCCAUCAUGAUUGACAUAUUUAUUGCUUAUGCUAAAGAAUACCUUCCAAGGCCAAUGGUAAGAGAUACAUCAUCAGAUGCGGAAGCAAUUCAACUUCCGGAUAGCUUUAAUCAAAUUCCAUUCCCUGUUUAUGAUGUAGAAUAUGACCAUGAUCUGAACUUAUUCUUAUCAUCCCUGAAGAAACUACUACAUUCUCCAAAUGCCAUGGUAAUUGUGGCAGUAUCAAAAGCAUUUUAUCAGCUUUCGUCACCAAAAACAUUCAAGGAUUCAGGAAUAGUUGAUUCACUAUUACGGCUGACUGUAUCAUCAUACAUAUGUUCCGAGAUAAAGGAGCUUGUUUUGCAAUCGAUUCUUGUCUACUGUUGUAGCGAUCCUUCAUUAUUCCGUUCUCAUUACAAAAGGUUCUUCCUGAUGCCCUCGGAUACAGAGAAUAUUUCGAUAUUUAAACUCAAAAUCCUUUCAAUACUGGUCUCUGAUAGCAACUGUAAGCACAUCGUGAAUGAGUUAAAAUUCGUUGCUGGCACAGAACAAUCCGCAUCCAUUUUGGUAGAAGUUUCAAACACCCUAUCCGUAUGCGCCCAAAUCUCAUCUAAGUGGUCGUCACAGAUUAUUAGUUGGCUGUUAGAUCGAAUCAGCUCUAAUACACCGAUAGAUAAGGAAGUAACUGCGUCACAAAUCAAUGUUCUUCGUUCACUGAUACAAAAAGAUCCAAUUAAGCACAUAGCUACCGUGGUGAAGUUGUCAAAAAUGCUUUCUAAUCAUGAUUUGCUGCCAAGUGCCAAGGCACCUAUUAUUUGGUUGCUUGGUGAAUACGUUCAAGUAGAGCCACGCAUCUGUCCAGAUGUCUUGCGGCGGUUGUUACCACAAUUUUCAAAGGAGCAUGCCCAUGUGAGGCUACAGAUAUUAAACUUGGCUGCGAAGUUACUCUCACAUGAUGUUGACAGCUAUAGUGGAGACAUGGAAUAUGAUAUUGGAACUUCGCGAAUUGGGCAAAUGUUUGAAGCUGCACUACAAUUGGCAAAGUUUGAUGAUGAAUAUGACGUUAGAGAUAGGGCUCGGAUGCUAGCAUCAAUAUUUGAGCAAAAGCGCUAUGAAAUAGCUACAUUGUUGCUUCAAGCACCUAAACCAUACCCAAUGGCAUCCUUAAAUUACUGCCGUGAUUCAUUUAAUCUCUCCGCGUUGAAUUUAUACCCCGAUAUGGAAAAUUACUAUGAACUUCUGCCAUGGAAUGCAGACCCGCAAGCUUCUGAUAGAACACCAUGCGAAGUUAAGGAUUAUAGCAAACUGAAGAACAGUUUUUCCUCCUCAUCCUAUUUUGGUAGGAAUGAAGUUGAAUUUACGAAUAAACCCAAAAGAAGUGCAUCCGUAUCCUCGGUGCCCUCGAACACGUUUACAUCCUCACAUGGAAAGAAAUAUCAACUACAAAGUCUAGAUGAGUUCUUUUCUGACGUGUCUGCAAGACAAAGUGUUCCGAAGGCGAAGAGAGUAAUUAUAGAAGAAAGCACUAGCGAAGAAACAGACCAUACUGAUGACGAGUCUGGAAGUAGCUCUGGCGAUGAAUCUACGGAAAGUUCAUAUGUUUCAUCAAGCGAAGAAGAAACAACAGAAUAG